AAAAAAAAGAUUGAAAGCGGCCGAAACGUUUAUACUUGGUCAGUUCUCAAAUAAAAUAAAAUAAACCGGCAUUAAAGCUCAUAUUUCGCGAAAUCUGAUUGUAAAAUAUUUGGUAGGAAUGGCCGAAGAUGAGCAACUACCGAUAAUUCCAGUAAAGGAACCGCUAGAUUUGAUCCGACUGAGCCUGGAUGAGAAAAUCUACGUCAAAAUGCGUAACGAAAGAGAGCUACGAGGCAGGCUGCAUGCUUUCGAUCAGCAUCUCAACAUGGUCCUGGGCGACGCGGAAGAAACGGUCACAACAGUUGAAAUCGAUGAGGAAACCUAUGAGGAGGUGUACAAAACAACCAAACGCACCAUUCCGAUGCUUUUCGUCCGUGGCGACGGCGUAAUCCUCGUGUCGCCACCGAUGCGCGUAGGGAGUUAAGGCACGAGGUAUGUGUUGUACAGAUCAAGUAUAUCGGAUAUGAGAUUGUAUGUGCAGAAUAUUCCAACAGUCAGUUCUUUCAACUCAACAAUAUAAUUUAACGGGCGAAAUAAGAUUCAA